UUUGACAUACAUGUGCGCUGGUUUCCGCUUCAAAAACUUCUUCCUGAUUUUUAGUUUUUGAUUCAUUUCUUAAAUGCAAACAAAUAUCAACGAACCACUUGGAAUCUUCCAUGUAGCCUGAGAUUUCUUGUCAGCCCCAGUCCAAAAUAUAUCAUUUUGGUUACUGGGUUUCGUUUUCUGCUACCCAUUUCAGCUGCCUGAAUCAUAUUCAUUGAUGUUUAAAGAGAGCUGCAAUUUGAAAAGAACAGGCACAGAGACCCACAUCCCCAAAAGUUUUGAAGCAUUCGAGAGAGAUUUUUGUUGCAGCGGACAGGCCAUUCAUUCCAGACCCAGUUUAGAAACAUUUUGAGAUUGAGCUUAAUCUCUUUGAGGAAACAGUUCUUUGAUGAUGGUGGUCAAGAGCUUCUUCGUGUUCAUGAUUAUUGGGCUGGAUUGCUUCAUGCUCCUGAGAUUUGCAGAUUCCAAGCUUCCCCAAGAAGAGGUUGAUGCACUCCAGCAAAUUACGAGAAAGUUAGGUGCAGUUUAUUGGAAAUUCAACAGUGACUCCUGUAGCAUUGAAAUGUUUGGGCUCACAGAAAAAGCUCCGAGGGAAUCUGAGAGUAAAAUUACUUGUGAUUGCAAGUUCGCGAAAGAAACAAUUUGUCAUGUCAUAAAGAUGAAGUUCAAAAAGCAUAAUUUGCCCGGCGUUCUUCCACCCGAAAUGGUCAAACUUCCUUACCUGCAAGAAAUUGAUUUGGCAUACAAUUACCUUCAUGGUAGUAUACCUCGGGAGUGGGCUUCAAUGCGGCUGUCGUGGAUCUCUGUUCUUGUAAAUCGGUUAUCAGGUGAAAUACCAGCUGAAUUGGGAAAUAUUACUACUCUAACAUACCUGAACCUUGAAGCAAACCAAUUUACUGGUGUAAUCCCAUCACAACUUGGGAGGUUGAGCGGUCUGCAAACCUUGAUGCUAUCAUCUAAUCAAUUGACAGGCACAUUGCCGACAACGUUUGCUGGAUUAGAAAACCUUAGAGAUUUCCGAAUAAAUGAUAUCGACCUUAAUGGAACCAUGCCAGACUUCAUACAGAAUUGGAAACAACUCGAAAGAUUAGAACUACAUGCAAGUGGACUUCAGGGACCAAUUCCUGCAAAUAUAUCCUAUUUGAUUAACUUAAGAGAGUUGAGGAUCAGUGAUAUGAAAGGGCCAAAGCAGGAUUUUCCCCUAUUGAUGGGCAUGUUUAGCAUGAUGAGACUGGUUCUGAGAAAUUGUAACCUUGCUGGAAAGAUUCCUCCAUAUGUGUGGAAGAUGCCGGUUAUGGAACUGAUGGACCUCAGCUUUAACCAGUUGACUGGGGAAGUUCCAGAGGAUAUAACCAUAGAGCGCCUUAGAUUCAUCUUCCUAAGUGGCAAUUUGCUAAGUGGCAAUCUACCAGAGUCAAUCUUUAAGGAUGGAACUAAUGUCGAUCUUUCAUACAAUAACUUGGAAUGGCAAGGCUCUAAGCAGCAUGCUUGUAGAACUAACAUGAAUAUGAAUCUGAACUUGUUUCGUUCUUCCACCGGCAACACCCUCAAACAGGGGGGUCUUCCAUGCGUGGAGAAUUCCAUCUGUCCAAAAUAUUCUAGAUGUUGGUUCAUCAGUUCUGGUGGGAGUGACUUUACCGUGGACGUAGAUGGCGACAACAUUCUCUACCAUGGGGAUGUAGAUGUCGAAGGUGGGACGGCAAAAUUCUACAUUGAUCCUGAUAGCUACUGGGGAUUGAGUAGUACUGGGGAUUUCAUGGAUGAUUAUGACUACCAAAAUACACGAUACACUUUAUCCCUGCCCUCAACAAAUUUGUCCGUGAUGUAUUCAACAGCACGUCGUAGUCCAAUUUCACUCACUUAUUUCCAUCAUUGCUUGGAUAAUGGAAACUACUCUGUUAAGCUUCACUUUGCAGAGAUACAGUUUACGGAUAAUCAGACAUAUACAAGUCUUGGAAGGCGGAAAUUUGAUGUCUACAUUCAGGAUAGAUUGGUAUUGGAAAAUUUUGAUAUUGAAGAGAGGGCGGGAGGAGCUCAAAAGCCGACAGAAGUACAGUUCCAUAACAUCACUGUAACUAAUCAUGUUCUGGAGAUCCGAUUCUCUUGGGCUGGAAAAGGGACAACUAGGGUUCCUACUAGAGGAGUUUAUGGUCCACUUAUAUCAGCUAUUUCUGUUUAUUCUGAUCUUAGUUAUUGUACAAUCAGUGGAAGUGGGAAACAAAGAACUUUAUCUAUUGUGGUUGGAGUUACGAGUGGACUAUUUUGCCUUAUGAUCAUCAUAUUUGGUUUUAUUUGGUGGAAAGGCACUCUUAGAGCAAUAAACCAAAAUGAAGGUGCUACAGAUGUUGCAGGAGUAAUAGAGGUGCAAACUGGACUUUUUACCUUGAAACAAAUAAAAGCUGCCACCAAUGCUUUUGAUUCUUCCAAUAAAAUUGGAGAAGGCGGUUUUGGCCCUGUUUUCAAGGGUCAACUGGCUGAUGGUACUCUUGUAGCAAUUAAGCAGCUCUCAUCCAAAUCAAGGCAGGGAAAUCGCGAAUUUCUGAAUGAGAUAGGGAUGAUCUCUUGUUUACAGCACCCGAAUCUAGUCAAGCUUCAUGGAUGCUGUAUUGAAGGGGAUCAACUGUUGUUGGUGUAUGAAUACAUGGAAAACAAUAGUCUUGCCCGAGCGCUAUUCGGUCCAGAUCACACUCGGCUUAAUCUAGAUUGGCCAACCAGGCUUAAAAUCUGUAUCGGUGUAGCAAAAGGCUUAGCAUAUCUCCACGAGGAAUCAAACCUCAAAAUUGUUCACAGAGACAUCAAAGCUACUAAUGUGCUAUUGGAUAGUGACUUGAAUCCCAAAAUAUCUGAUUUUGGUUUGGCUAAGCAUGACGACGAGGAGAAGACCCACAUCACCACCAGGGUGGCUGGGACCAUAGGAUAUAUGGCCCCAGAAUAUGCACUUUGGGGAUAUCUGUCCCACAAAGCAGAUGUUUACAGUUUUGGAGUUGUGGCCUUGGAAGUUAUUAGUGGAAGAAGCAACAAUGAUUUUGUACCAAGUGAAACUUGUGUUUGCAUUCUAGACUGGGCCUGUUGUUUGCAACAAAGUGGAAACUUCAUGGAGCUGGUUGAUGAGAUGUUGAGGCCAGAAAUCAACAGGAAAGAAGCAGAAAAUAUGGUAAAGGUAGCCCUUCUUUGCACAAACGCUUCAGCAUCAGUAAGGCCUACGAUAUCGGAGGUGGUGAACAUGCUCGAAGGACGAAUGGAGAUUCCAGACCUGAACCCGGGACCGAGCACUUAUACCGAAGAUCUGAGGUUCAAGGCAAUGAGAGAUGUGCGUAAACCGCAGCAUAGCCAAAGCGGGAGUGACAGCCAGACCCAUUCCACAAUGCAAACAUUUGGUUCUUCCUCUACAUCUGGAAAUGAGUUCUGUGAAAUCAGCCCAGAGCCAAGAUCAUCAUACCAUCGUCCUGAAUAACAUUGUUUAUAAUCUUUCAAUCAAUCAGUAGGCUCAUUUUUCUUCUUUCUGCCCCUUGUGACUUUCUGAGUAUGAAUGUUGUUCAUGGCUGGGCCUGAGAUGAGACAUCUCGGAGGCGAUCACCGGGGCCGGGCCGUGGUCAGAUGAGUUGUAAAAAGGGGAAAUUUCUUGAUUCUUUUUCAUCCUUGAUUUGAUUUUGUACAGUUAUUGUAAUAUGUUUAAAUCAAUCAAGUUGAUUCUUCCCUCUUUCUGUUACA